AGAAAUCAUAUAGUGAAAAACAUUGGAAAGAAGCUAUAUGCUCUUCAGGCGGACAAAAGCACAAAGCUCAGUAAGUUAGUGAUCUUACACAUUCAGAAAUGUGUGAAGUAUAUUCUAGCAAAGAAUCAAGGUGAUCCAAAGGGACUAGAAGAAAAUCUGAAAGCUUUAGUACCUCAUCAAUUCGCAGACCAUACAAUGUGCCAGCCUCGAUGGUGUGGGUACAAGCGUGACCGCAGUGUUAAAUACUCACACAGAAGCCUGCCCUACAAAGGACCGCUUAAGGACGACCACCUUAGAUCUCAGCUAGAAAAACUGUUUGAACCAGUUGUGAUGAAGGCUCCCCAGCUCGCAGACCUAGGUUCGAGUCAGCAGUGCGAGCACGCCAACAGAGAGGUCACCAUGAGGGCUCCAAAGUCCCUUCAUUAUGGGAAUUCAGAAUCUUUGGAUUUUAGAGUGAAGGCCACAGCAGCAUUCAUCAAUGAAGGGCGUCACUACAUUUCAAAGCUGUUCCAGUUCAGCACUGUUAUUAUUCAAGGAACAAGAUGUUGACAGGUGAUGAU